AUGGAAAUUUUUCUGAAUAGAUAUCACUUAUCACAGGAACCCGCCAAUGAGAGGCUGGGCCGGGAUCUGCAGAUGCCAGCAACAAUUUACACUGGAGAAGAUGAUGGGCAUAGAGAAACCACAUUAGAAGUUUACUUUAUUUGUGUCAAAGUGAUUCCUUGUGAUUUUCCACAAAUCAAAAAUGGACACCUACAUUAUGAAGAGAGCCGCAGACCCUACUUCCCAGUACCUAUAGGCAAGCAGUUCAGCUAUUACUGCGACAUCGGAUUUGUGCUUCCUUCUGGGUACAGUUGGGACUACAUGAAGUGCACCGCAAAUGGGUGGGAGCCUGCAGUGCCAUGCCUCAGACAAUGUGUUUUCUAUUAUGUGGAGAAUGGUGAAUCUCCAUACUGGCAAAGAACAUAUGUACAGAACCAGUCUGUAAAAGUCAAGUGUCACUCUGGCUACAGUCUUCCAAAUGGUCAGGACACAAUUACAUGUACAGAGAAUGACUGGUCUCCUCAACCCAAAUGUGUCCGUGUCAAGACAUGUUCAAAGUCAGAUAUAGAAAUUGAGAAUGGUUUUCUUUCGGAAUCUGAUUAUACAUAUGCUCUAAAUAAAAAAACACAGUUCAAGUGUAAGCCAGGAUAUAUAACACCGGAUGGAGAAACAUCAGGACCAAUUACCUGCCUCCAAAAUGGAUGGUCAGCUCAACCCUCAUGCACUAAGUCUUGUGAUAGACCUGUAUUUGAGAAUGCUGGAACUAAAAACAACAACACAUGGUUUAAACUCAAUGACAAAAUAGAAUAUGAAUGCUAUGCUGGAUAUGAAAACAAACAUAAGCAUACCAAAGGCUCCAUAACAUGCAAUGCUGAUGGCUGGUCUGAUUUACCCUCAUGUUAUGAAAGAGAAUGCAGCAUUCCCCUAAUACAACCAUACUUAAACGUUGCUCCUAAGAAAGAAAAAUAUAAAGUUGGAGAUAUAUUGAAAUUUUCUUGCCGACCAAGGCACAGAGUUGGCCCAGAUUCAGUGCAAUGUUAUGAUUUUGGAUGGUCCCCUACUUUCCCAAUAUGUAAAGAUCAAGUGGGAUCAUGUGACCAACCUCCUGAACUCCACAAUGGGGAAGCUAAGGGAACAAAGAAAGAAGAAUAUGGCCAUGGUGAGGUGGUGGAAUAUGAUUGCAAGCCUAGAUUUCUGCUGAAGGGACCCAGUAGAAUCCAGUGUGUAGAUGGAAAGUGGACAACCUUGCCAAUAUGUGUUGAGGAGGAAAGAACAUGUGGAGAAAUUCCUGAAAUUGAGCAUGGAUUUGUCCAGUUUUCUGUCCCUCCUUAUCACCAUGGAGAUUCAGUGGAGUUCAGCUGCAUAGAAAACUUCACAAUGAUUGGACAUGGGUCAGUUUCAUGCAUUAGUGGAAGGUGGACACAACUUCCUCAAUGUAUUGCAACAGAGCAACUAGAGAGGUGUAAAUCACCAAGAUUAACUGCAGUAAAGGUAAUCCAACCCAAUAAGAUUUACUUUAAUCAUAAUGAUAACAUGAGUUACAAAUGUAUUGGAAAGCAGCAACAUGACCGCUCAUAAUGUAUUGGAAAGCAGCAACAUGACCGCUCAAUCUGCAUCAAUGGAAGAUGGGAUCCUGAGCCAACCUGUACAAGAAUAGAGAAAGAAUCCUGCCCUCCUCCACCACAGAUUCCAAAUGCGCAAGUGAUGGAAACCACAGUUAAGUAUUGGGAAGGAGAAAAAGUAUCUGUUCUUUGUCAAGACAAUUACCUAAUACAGAACAGAGAAGAAAUGGUGUGCAGAGAUGGAAGGUGGCAGUCAUUACCACGUUGCAUUGCAAAAAUGCCAUGUUCCCAGCCCCCUGAAAUAGACCACGGAUCUGUUAAAUUACCCAGAUCUUCAGAAGAUAGGAGACGCACACUUGAGUCCCGAAGUUAUGAACAUGGCACUACACUCAACUAUGCUUGUGAUGAUGGUUUUAGGAUGGCUGAGGAUCAUGGGGUAACUUGCCACAUGGGAAAGUGGAGCAAUCCACCUCAUUGUGUUGGACUUCCUUGUGGACCACCACCUUCAAUCGAUCAUGGGAAUUUGUCUCACGAACUAGACAGUUACCAACAUGGGGAAGAGGUGACAUACAACUGUUUUGAAGGUUUUGGAACUGAUGGACCAGGAUUUAUAAAAUGUAUGGGAGGAAAGUGGCCCAAGCCGCCAGAUUGCAAAAGAACUGAUUGUAACUAUUUACCCAGGUUUGAAAAUGCCAUACUCAUAGAAAAGCAAAAAUAUUCAUAUAAGUCUGGAGAACAAUUGACGUUCAGAUGUGCACCUUCUUAUCAAAUGGAAGGAUCCAGCAUUGUCACAUGUGUUAAUUGCACAUGGAUUGGAGAGCCAGUGUGCAAAGAUACUUCCUGUGGGGAUCCACCACAUGUGGAAAAUGGUACUAUAAUAACAAGGCCUAUGGCUAAAUAUCCAUCAAAUGAGAGAGUAGAAUAUGAAUGCAAUAAAUCUUUUGAACUAUUUGGGGAAAAAGAAGUGAUGUGUCAAAAUGGGAUUUGGACAGAACCACCAAAAUGCAAAGAUUCAACAGGGAAAUGUGGGCCUCCUCCCCCUAUUGAAAAUGGAGACAUCACCUCCUUCCCAUUACUAGUAUACCCACCAUCAUCAUCAGUUGAAUAUCAGUGCCAGGCCUAUUAUCUACUAAAGGGAGACAAGAAAAUAACAUGUAGAAAUGGACAGUGGUCUGAGCCACCAAUAUGUUUACAUUCAUGUUUCAUAUCAGAAGAAACUAUGGAAAGAUAUAACAUAAUUCUCAAAUGGAGAGAAAAUCAAAAGAUUUAUUGCCAAUCAGGGGAGAAUGUUGAAUUUACUUGUAAACCUGGCUAUCGCAAGGGAAAAAGGUCACCUCCAUUUCGUACAAGGUGCAUUGAUGGUCACAUCAAUUUUCCCUUUUGCACAAAAUAAUACAGUUAUUAGAAUUUAUGAAUGAGCCUCUAUUUGGAAAGGCAAAUGCAUAUUAAUAAUACAGUUCCAAUUUACAUUUGAA